CUCAUCCUCACUUUCAGUAGGGAUUUGCCACAAUUGAGAGCCGAAUAACAAUUCAGCUUCUAUGGACUUUCAUGCCAUAUUGGUCAAUUUAUUUUUUGCUGAUUUGCACAAACUUAGCCGCAGCCACUGGCUCUGUAACUGAGCACUUUUUUCAUUUUGUAAUGUAGGUGGAAGCUUAAAAAAUGUAACCAGGUCAAACCAGGUUUGUGUAAUGUAAGAAAUAAUAUUUGUGAUUUUCAGCAAGUAUAAAAAUAUUACCAACAUGGGUCAACGCCUGAGUGAAGAGAGUGACCAAGACAAGGAAAUCGAUGUGGCGGAGCUGCAGGAAUGGUACAAAAAAUUUGUUGUGGAAUGCCCAAGUGGAACGCUGUUCAUGCACGAGUUCAAGAGUUUUUUUGGUGUUACUCAUAACAAGGAGGCUGCAGAUUACAUUGAAAACAUGUUUCGAGCAUUUGACAAAAACGGAGACAACACCAUUGAUUUCUUGGAGUAUGUGGCAGCUUUGAACUUAGUCCUUCGGGGAAAACUGGAGCAUAAACUUAAAUGGACAUUCAAAAUGUAUGACAAAGAUGGAAGCGGGUGCAUCGACAAAACAGAGCUUCUAGAAAUUGUGGAGUCUAUUUAUCGGCUGAAGAAAGCCUGCCAUGGAGAGCUGGAUGAAGAAUGUAAUCUGCUGACCCCAGACCAAGUGGUUGACCGGAUAUUUGAGCUGGUUGAUGAAAAUGGGGAUGGGGAGCUCUCACUGGAUGAGUUCAUCGAUGGAGCACGGAGGGACAAGUGGGUGAUGAAGAUGCUGCAGAUGGAUGUGAACCCCGGAGACUGGCUCAAUGAGCGACGCCGUAGUGCGGACUUCUAGGGGGAAGCACAGACCGUCAGUCUGUCAUGCACAAUCCUGAUGUGUAACUAUUCAUAUUGUGAUUUUGUGUAUAUUGCAGUUUAUAUGUAUAUAAAAUAAAACACUGAUACUGUCUGACUGCUAAUGUGCUAUAUGCUGUUGUAUCAUAUUUAGAUACAUGUCCACAUCAGUGCUGAGAUUUUCACAAUAUUUCAUUUAUUGCUGCGUAUGAUGAUGUAGGUUUUGUUUGUCUGCCCUUGCUUUAUUUUCUUAUAUGUAAUAAUAUAAGCAAAAAAAAGAGUUAUCCAAUAAACAUAUUAAUAAAUCACAAUAAAUGUGAAAUGUGAAUUUCUUAAAAUAUAAAACACCAAAUAAAUUUAGGAGACCACAGGAAGUAGCCAACUUUUAUUGAUAGGCGUUGAAUAAAAGACUUUUAAACACAAAAAUUAGUGUAUACUGUUAAAAAUUGGGUUCUAUUAAAGUAUGCUUUGCAAUUAUUCUAAUGGAAAAGUUAAAUUAUUCGUUUUGCAUAUUUAUCUGACAAACCCUCACAUUCCGAAGGUGUGAUCGUCCACAAAGUCUCGCUAUUUCUCGCGAGACGAUAUGUUACGUAGCAGCUUUUCAUACUGCUCCAAACCAACUAACCUUCUGAGAACGGUGUUAUAUACGUAAGUUAAACAGCUUUCUGCAGUUAGCAGUUUGUAAAUCAUACAAGCGACUGUACUAGCGUACAGCGUACUGUGCAAACUAGCAAACAGGUCUUCCAGCAGAAAUUGAAUGUCGAUACUUCCGUGUGUUUGUAGUGUGUGUUCAAGAUACUUAACAGCAAAUCAAAUCGCCCUGCAAGUGCUUUACCCCCGCUUGUCAAUGUCGUCCGAACCUCAUAUGUCGGCCAGCACCCACACAACUAAGGUAAACUUCAGUUUCUGGGGCUUCUCCGUCAAGACACCAGUGUUUACUGUAUUUGUUAUUCCGUCGUUAUGCUUCACGACAUUGUCUAAUGCUGCCCCCUCCUGGUUAGCCUGCAGAACACAAGUGGAGGCUGAGUUAUGUCACCGGGGACCUGUUCUCCUGCCCUGCGCAUGAAGCUCUGGCCCACUGCAUCAGUGAGGACAUCCGUAUGGGGGCAGGCAUAGCUGUGGAAUUCAGAAAGAGGUUUCAAGGGGUAACUGAGUUAAAAGAGCAAA